ACCUUCGUGGGAAAUGAAAUGUGUCUAUGCAGAGCUGCAGGGCGAGCUCUCGACUGCAAAACCCCAAUGUAAUGUACACAGAAACCAUUGGCUGCCACUGAAUGGAGGGAUAGGUUUGUGGAACAUACAAGCUGCUGUUCUCGGCAACUAGUUUUCAGUUUAGUUACUAUAGCGACAGCAUUAUUAACAUCGUAUGAACUUCGUUAAUAGAACUGGAAAGCAUAAGGCGAUGUGUUAGGUGUUCGGGAUCUCAGUGGGAUGCAGAAGACUGCGCCUGUUGGAUGACACAUAAUGCGAUGGAGCCGCUGCUGUUACCGAAUGACGGUAAGUGCUUUGUGUUCAUUUAAUAAACAAAGUGGAUUUUGUUGAUAUUUGCCAGUCGUUGCAGUGACAGGUUUAGGCAGCAGUACUGUAUUACGCCGUUUCCGCUUCCGAGCGGUGUUUCCCCAUGCAAACAGCCAAAUGCCAUGAACACUUACGCAAGGUCUCUUGCUCAGCCGUGCAACUCGAGGCGAUUUGCAGCCCACUUUGUCACAACUCUGCCUUCCAACUCAGCGCCGCUCUACACCUCAGUGCAGCCGAGCGCGGCCGUGCCUUUCAACCAUGGGGCUUGGUGCUGUCCAUUUUGCCAUGCUGGUCGCGGGGGUGUCGUUUGCCUGCUAUUCCCCGAGCUUAAAUUCUUUGCAGGACCAAGCCUAUCGUUCAGCGGUGGUGAUCGAAGGCAAAGUGCAGUCAGUCCCAAAUCAUACCACCGAGCCUUACAGUAUUAAUGUCAAAGUGUUGGACGUGUGGCCAGUUCAUAGCGGGGGUCUAGCGAGGGAUCAGCUUGUCACGAUCGGGGACUUUGGAUCAGAAACACCAUGCAUCAAAGUAAAGAAGAACCAGAAAUAUAUCUUUUUCAUGGAGCCAACAGAUGAGCCGUUAGUAUUCAAGACAUCAUUUGCUCCACUAGACACAGGCGGAAAGAAUCUAAAAAAAGAUAUUGGGAGGAUCUUGUGUGAGGACUGCGCUGUUCCUCCAAAACUGAAGAAACUGAAGAACCAAACCCUUUUGGAAGGUCAAAAGCUUUCUCUGAAAUGUGAAGCAGUAGGAAAUCCUCGACCCACUUACAAGUGGUUCAAAGAUGGGAGAGAGAUAAAGAAAAACAAAGAAAUCAGGAUAAAAACUGGGAAAAAAAACUCAAGACUUCAAAUAAAUAAACUGAAGGUGGAAGAUGCUGGGGAAUAUACAUGUGAGGCUGAGAAUGCAUUAGGGAAGGACACUUCAAAAACUACCAUUAAUGUGCAAGCGGCUGCUACAACUACACUGUCACCUGAAUCUGGACAUGCUAGAAGAUGCAACGAAUCUGAGAAAUCCUACUGUGUCAAUGGCGGUGUGUGUUAUUAUAUUGAUGGUAUUAAUAAACUUUCUUGCAAGUGUCCAAAUGAAUUUAAAGGUGAUCGCUGUCAACACUACGUAAUGGCCAGUUUCUACAAGCAUCUUGGAUUUGAAUUUAUGGAAGCUGAGGAACUGUAUCAAAAGAGAGUCUUGACCAUAACUGGCAUUUGUGUUGCUCUUCUUGUCGUUGGAAUUGUGUGUGUAGUGGCAUAUUGUAAAACAAAAAAACAAAGAAAGAAAAUGCACAGCCAUCUGAGACAAAAUCUUUGUGUAGACCAUCAAAACCGAAACCUUGCCAAUGGACCCAACCAUCCUGGUCCUCUCCCAGAAGAUAUUCAAAUGGUUGAUUAUGUUUCCAAAAAUAUCCCAGCCCCUGAACACGUGAGACGACAUGAAACAGAAACUUCAUUUUCUGCGAGCCAGCUGUCGUCGACAUCUCAUCACUCUUCCACAGCUACACACACAUCCAGCCAUAGAAAUGGCAACCACACGUGGAGCCUGGAUCGGACUGAGAGUGGAACUUCAGAAAUGCAUUCUGGAAUGAUGACAUCAUCAUUAGAAACCAGUCAAUGUAACAGCCCCCUGGAACCACGAGGCAGAUUAAGUGCGGUUUGUAGUCACCAUGACACAAGGCAUCCAAUCUUCCAUUGCAGGGACUCAGUGGAUUCUCUCAGAGACUCACCUCACAGUGACAGGUAUGUGUCUGCCCUCACAACACCAGCUCGGUUAUCGCCUGUUGAUUUGCAUUACUCUCUCCCUUCAUAUGUGCCUGGUUUUGAGAUGUCUCCCCAUGGAUCUACCCAUGCAACGUCAUUGCCUCCAGCAGCAGUUGGAUAUACAGUGGAGGAUGAACAGCCUUUGUUGAGAAGAUACCACAAGUACCAACAAGACAACCAGAGACACGACCCCUACAAGCAACGCCACAGCUAUCUUCAUGACAGCUUUGGAAGUCUACCCCCUAGUCCAAUGAGAAUGGCAGAGGAUGAUGAGUACGAAACAACACAAGAGUACAUCCCAGCAUUAGAAAGACCAAAGAAAACGGCAAACAGCAGUAGAAGAUGGAGAAAAACGAAACCAAAUGGUCACAUUUCACACAGAUCUGAAUGCGAUUGUGACUCAAACUCAGAAAGUUGCUGCUCUGACACUGAUUCUGAUGGUGAGAAAGCAGGAGAGCAUACACCUUUCUUAAGCACUCAGAACCCUCCAGCAGCAAACAUAGAAACGUCAGUAUUCCGGUCUUCUGAUAGUAGGACUUACUCAUCCAAUAGGCACAAUGUACGAGAGGACUUACACACCCGAAUGACACGUGUAAAAUCAAAUCAAGACUCGACCCCUGUGUAAAUGCCAUAGAUCUGCAACUGUAAAAAUAUUUUAUUUUAUAUAAUUAUCAAAUAUUCUAAAAUUAAAUUAAACAUUUUAUUUUCAUUUUAGCAAAGUUGUCUUACAGCUAACAGGAAAGUCUUUUAUAGGAAAACAUGUAUUUAUAUGUAAAAUAUGAUUUACAGUUAAAGAUGAUGGUGUGCCAGAUUUUCACAUCAUAAUUAGGAUAAUAUUGUGGUGCCUUUUGCUGUAUGCUGAUACCAGAUUUCCUGCUGAUGUUUCAGUUUUUUAAUGUUUCUAUCUUGGACUUGUUAUAUUAUACAUUUUAAUUUUUUGUUUUAAUUUUACCAUGGUCUUUUUUACAUUUGGACAGUUAUAAUUCUUUGAAUUCUGGACAUGGACAUCUGUAUCUGAUAUCAUUUAUGUAUGUACUGGUUCCUGCAACAUCAAGUGACACCUUGGCUGAACUCUAUUUUAGUUGAUUGGGAGGACAGUAUAUAGUUAUAUUUAUUUUUCUGCCCUCUAACAGAUUAAUAAAUAUUUCUUACUUUUAACCAGAAGAAUAUAGCAGCGAAGAUUAGAUUAAUAUCUGCAGCCCAUCUCAACCUAGGAAUUUACCAGGAUCCCUUGGCAUCAGAUUGGCAGCAUGUUAUCUGACUCUACUUUACUGACAAUCACACCAACAUAAAAAUUCAAAGGUCAGUGCAAACCAGACGUGACAUUUAGACGUCACUUAAGAAUCUGCAACAUUUGCAGUUAUUUGAGUUUUCUUCAUCAUCAUUCUCAACUGUUUUCACCAGAAAAGUACAAAAGCACCAUUUGACAAAAACUUCAGACCCCUUUCAUUUUAAUGUUAUUCUCAAAUAUAUUUUGAAAAUGGUCAGAUUGGAAACUGGGAAUUAAUAAGCAACAACUUUGUGGUAAUUUGUUUUUGAUGGGAUUUUUGCAACAUGAUUUUGCAUGUCUUAACCAUUCCAAAUGGAUUGAUGCAUGGAAAGCUAGGAAUGAAAGAUUUAACAUGUUUUUUAAUGAACUGCAUAACUUUUCAUCUCUUGUCCUUUUUAGUGCAGGUUUAUUAUGGGUUCUGCAAAUCUUUUAUUGGUACAUUUCAACUGUUUGCCGUGCAGGGCUGUGAAAUAUGGAAUUAGCAUUAUCCAUUUUGAAAUAAACCUAUAUUCUUUACUUUCAAUGAACCCCAAUGCUUGGUGUAAAACACUGCAUGCCAAACAGCACAGAGCAUAAAUCUAUAACAUGCAACUGAGGAAACACAGUGCCCACAAUUUAAUGAUUAAUUGUUUUCUCAAAUUCCCACAAUGUAUUCAUCUUAAGCACAAUUGUGAGAAGGCCCAGCAGCCAGCUGUGAAGAUUCCAUUUAUAUUACUCCUUCUACAAUUGAUUUGCUUCAGAAAUGAUAAAGCAUAAGGCAUAAAGUUGUAGCAUCAGUUUCUUUUCUUUAAAGAAGUAGGUGCAGUGUGUGACUUUUAAAUACUUUAUUUAAAGUUAAUUGCUGCCUUUAGUUCUUCAAAAGACUGUGAUCAUGUGUAUUAAAAAUAAGCAUGAAUUUGUGCACUCCAGUGAUUCUAUGUUUAUUGGCACUGAAACAUUUCUGGCAAGAACUCUUACACUGCUGGAUCUCUAUCUUCAAGAUCUGUGAAUCUUGAAGUUUGUAGGCUGGUUGUUUUCAUAAAACAUAUGACAUGCAUUUAGCAGAAAAAUGCUGGAAACCAGGACACAUUUCAUCUUAAUGGGGCAGGCUGGAAAAAAAAGAGAGGGCGAGUAAAAUAUUUUGCAGAAGGUGAAUGUCACAUUAUGUUUUUGAUUUUAGAAAAAGAAACAAUUAUUUAAGGGAAAACUUACAUCACUUCAAUCAAUGAUGGCUGCAAUGCUCAUUACACCUCUAACUUUUAUUUAACUUUAACCUUUCUUGAAGUCAUUUGAAGUGGUAUUUUACAACAUAACAUGUUGUAUACCAAGUAAUAGAUUUGAGAAUAAGUGUUCCAAUCUUAACACGAAUAUACCUGUGAUUCUCUGGAGAUUCAUCUAUUGCUUGGUCUGUUGAAUCAGCCUUCCUAUAGUGAAGCAGGAUUAAAAGAAUGCAUUUGUUCUGCACUUACUUGCACAGUUUUAUAAAUAAUCAACUAUUUAUUAAAGUACCCUAUCUAAUCUUUAUACUAUGGGGUUGGUUAGCAAAAUUAGGCUCGGAUUUUGGACUGCCAGGGCAAUGGUAAGAUAAAAAUUACUGACAGCAAUGAUUUUCAUGUUGGUCUCAAUUUAUGCAUCAAUUUUCCUGCUGGAAACAAGCAGAAGCCUCAUGAAGCUAUUGCAAAUCAGGAUCCGUAAUGUUGUUAGAUUGCCAACGCUAUUCUGCUGGUUGCUAGUAUGGCAUUCGCCCAGUGCAAAACCGUCCCACAGGGUGGAAAACUGUUAAGGCAAGCCAUUUAAAUUAAAACAAUCCUUGCAAGCAGGGCUGGAAAGAACAAAUGUUAAUUUAUUUAACGUUUGUAUGGCAACAGUGUGGCCCUUUAUUGCACCCACUGGUCCCUGUUGAAACUUUCCAACCCAACCAUCAAAACAGUUUAGGCUUUGCCCACAGCUUUUAGUAGAUAAUAUAAUUGUUCAGUGCAUUGUCACCUAGUAUGCUUCAAAAACCAAAACCUGAGUCUCAGUUCUGGUACUAAUAUGUAGUUGUGUGAUACAAUGAAUACAAGUCCAUUUUGUUUAUUUUUUAAUUGCAUAUGUCAUUUAAGUGCUGCUAAGAUGAUGCUACCAAUCAAACCAUAACUUACAAUUUUUUACACUAUUUUCCUCAAUACUCCAAUGACUUCCUUACUUUCUCACUGAAAACUGUCAAAAUAGUUGAAACUGAAUGCAAUUUACAUGGCAAACCUCUUUAUAUCUAGAUGAUUGAAGAUGCCUGGUAUGGAAAACAAUGUGAAUCAUAACAAUCAUAACAUUGAGGGCUGUUCUUCACUUUGAAAUGCAUUUACUUUGUAAUUCAACAUUUAGAAUUAAUCAGUUCCAGUCAUGCAAACUGGAUUGUAUUUUCUAAUGGCCUAGAUACAACUCUGUAUUUUUAUUCUAUUGUUAAUUGUAUAUCUAAAUGCCAACCUACUAAAGAUUUAUGUUGUCAAAAGUAUUCUCCACUGCAUUUGAAGAAAUCAACUUGCAAUGUAGACCUCUUAUGUGAAAUAAGAUUGCCAAUAUUUUGUUUCCCUUCUGUUUUUAGUUUUUGUUAGUAACUGACUUUUUCAUUUGGAACAAU